ACAAAAAUUUUAAAAUGAACUGAAAAUGCCAGAAGAAGAAAGAUCUGUUCCUGUCUCUCUCCCUGAAAAUCUGAGUUGGAUGGAUCACCUUCAAGAAUUGGAUGGAGGAGUAGCUCACCAGAAUGGAUUUGCCGGAUGGGGCGGAGGAUUUUCCUCCCAUAGUUUUCCAUACUAUCCGGCAUAUCCGUCAACACACCAUUAUUUGAGAAAACCCUUUCAAUCCACCGACUCAAAUGGCGAUUCAGUUAGAGUUGCUCUCAUGGGCAAUGGAGUUGGGCAAUAUCAAAAUGAAGUUUCCAAACAUGUGAACAGAGAUGGCAACCAGGUGAACGGAGCUGGUUACAAUUGGAAUGGAGUUACUAACCACGUAAAUAAAGAUGACAACCAUAUGAACGGGAUUGGUAACCAUUUGAAUGGAGUUAACAACCAUGUGAAUGGAGAUAACAACCAUAUUGAUGGAGUCAGCAACAAUGUGAAUGGAGUUAGCAGCCAUGCAAAUGGAAAUUUAGUUUAUAAUGGAAACAUGAUCAGUCCAGAGUGUGAACAAUCUAGAAAUAAUCAUGCAAUCCAGAAUGGAAUCAUAAAUUUACAAUCUACUAACACACAACAGUCUCUAAUUGCUCAUCCUCAACCUAAUUAUCAAAUGCAACAACAGAAAGUUUCUGCUUACAACUGGACUCAAUAUAUUAGUCCAAAGAAACCUUGUGAAUCUCUAGCUAGUGAAACCAACUCUGAUGUAAAUACUCCAAGAAUAAAUUUGAAAUUAAACCGUGAUGAAAAUGGAGGAUGGCAAUUUUCACAACCCUGGACUCAAAAUGAGAACAAGUACAAAACUGAAAACAGUUUGAAUAUCCCCCUAAGUCCAGGAGCUGGUCCUAUAAAAUAUGAAAUUAAUCCGCUUAAAAGACAACAUGAUUCUUACAAUUGGAGCCCAGAUAUUAAACCUAAAAUUGAACCAGAAGUAAAAUCCGAAUUUAAACCAUUGAAAGCUAAUCCAGAAUCUGUGAAAACAAAUCCCAAGGAUUCUCCACGGAAGGUUUUGAAGUGUCGGCUAGACGCAGAUAAGUUGGGAGAUAUGAGAAAAUCUAUGGAAACCGUUCCAAUUCGAAUACUGGAGAGAGAUCUUAAAUAUUUUUCUCCGGAGGAACAGACUCAGUUAUUGGAGAAAAAGAAAUCACUCAAGGAUGUGUUCCCUGCAUGUGACUGUAGGGGUAGAGAAAAUGGUCCUUGGUAUACGCAUCUAGGAUACGCAGAGAACCCACAAGAACUCAGGAAGCAAAUAGAAGAUAGGGUUGGGGAGUCAGGAGAUUCAAUCAGAUUUAUCCAGGUUCAACUUGCAGGAUACGAGGGAAAAUCUGCGGAACAGUGCCCAGUUCCAAAAUGGGUAGUUCGUCGAUCAAGCAAACUGGAAAAGUUUGUGGUCGUCUUCAAAACCAGACCUGGACAUGAAUGUAAAAGUGCUUGUAUUGUUGUGGCACUUCUUCAGUAUGAUGCUCUGGACAGUGGACUUAGUGCCCAGGCCUACUCUAGUAUAACUAGUAUUACAAAUGCAAAUAUAGGAACCGAAACCAAACGUGCCUGUGGAAUAAAUGCCGAAAGAACGUGUAGAUGUCAGGGAACUAACAGUUCUCUGGCUGGGCAAAGUUACACAUGGGGGUGUAGUAAUUCUAUUUAUAAUUAUGAUCUCUGCAAGUUCUCCCGAGCUCGAGACCCAGCUGAGGUUCGUCAGUUCAAGCUGGACAAUAAGCCUACGGAGCUAGAGGAGCAGCUCAAAUGUGUAAUCGACAAGGUCGCAGAUUCUGUCGCUGUAAAGCACAAGGUCCUAGCCCCAGAUUGCUAUAACAACAUGGCACUAUUUGGUAAUUAUGGUUGCCGAAUAGGCACAGGGAACGACCGGCCCUAUAGCGGAGUUACCACAGUCGUCGAUUUCUGCGCCCACGCGCACGAAGACAAAUCUAACAUGAUCGGCGGCUGUACUGCAAUUAUAACGCUUACUAAGCCGGAAUUGAGACAGGAUUUGAGAGGACCCAAUCCUGUUGGCGGAGGGAGUGGCGAUGCUAGGGUUAGGGAUGACGAUGAUGAACAACUUCACUGUCUUCCCCUCUAUCUACCCUGUGCUACAGAAGCAGAGCUGGAGGCUUCUGUAGCAGACGGAGGAAUAGAAAUAUUAAAUAAAUUUAAGAAAAAGGUGGUUGUUGGAUCCAAGACUAAAAGCUGCAAAGCUCAAAUGAGAGCACCAAAAAGUAAAGAAGUGGGAGAAGGUUCCCCACGGAAGAGAAUAAAGAGGGAGGAAUGGAUUACAACUAGUCCAGCUGAACAGUCUCCUUCCCAACCCCAGUCCCCAACACAGCAGGAGAAUGUCCAGGUUUAUGAGUCUGAUUGUCAUGAAGUGUUUGAAAGUCCUGAGAUGGGUGGGGUUGCCUUCUCCCUCCCUCAUGGCAGCAUGCUCUUGGAGGUGGCUAAACACGAGCUCCACGCCACAACUGCAUUGAAAAACCCAAACCGAUUACAUCCAACUAGGAUCGGUUUAGUUUUUUACCAACACUUUAAUCUUCACUUUAGCACACACGCCAAGGAUGUUUAUGUCGACAAACAGAUGAGCAGCCAUUAUCAGAAGUAUGUUGAUUGGUUAGCGGGAGAUUUUGCUCCAAUUGCUUGUCAGCUGAAAACACUUUCAGCUGUUGGUUUUGUUUUCCCGCCAAAUAUUCGACUGAAGAAUACAAAAGGGGAGAAAAUGUCGGAGAAGAACCGUUUUAAUCCUCAGGAAUUUCCCGGAUUUACUCCAGGGAGAAUUGUUGAUGGUGUUUUUACUCUGAUUAAUGGCUCACAAACUUCAGAGUCCCAAGCACGAGAACCUUUGCUGCAAUCACAAUCCGGGAAUUCUCCGACACAACAAUCAAUAAAUUGUCAACCUCAGCAGUUGCACGGGGAGCAAAUACAUUCUGAAAUGUUGUUUCCUGAUCUAAAUAAUUCAUUUCAUGAACAUCAUCUUUAUUCGCCACAAGCAGCCUCAGCCAUCCAUUCUCAGCCGUAGCUCUUGUUACACCUCUGUAGAAGCAUAAUGUUAACAUACUCCAAGUCCAAAGGAUGAUUGAUAAAAGUGAAAGUUUAUUCAAUCUUUUGUAGAAUUGAUGGGAAUUCGGAUUUAGAAAAAAACCUUUGGCCAUAUCUUAAAAUGGCUUUUAUAUCUUAUUUUAAGAUAGUCAAUUGCAUGCCAUAAAUAACCGUCACAAAGUAAUAUUUACUAGAAAGUGAUACUUUAUUAUUUUUAUUUACGAUAAAUUUUCAUAUAAUAAUAAUAUUAAUUAUUUUGACCCAGGCCUGCUAUGACGGACCUUUCAAAUAUUUAUUUUUAUUUUGUCAGCUCAAAUAAUCUCUUAUUUAAUGAAUUACAGCUACACCUCGAGUGUCAAUACAUUUGUUUGUGAUCUGAGAAAUACUAAAUUUUCUGAUUUUGUUUAUACAUUUCAUUCAUCCUAAGACUAAAUCUUUCCAAAAACAUUCAAAAUUAUAAAUUAUUUCUCGAAUAUUAUUAAAACUAUUAUUUAUAUUUAUUUAUUUAAAAGCUUGUUUACAUUUGUUGUUGUUUUGCAUAGUUCAAAUAAAAUUGUUAAAUUGUUGCUGCAGUAAAUAUGGUGGAUGUUACAGGGUGUCCCACGAAACAUGACAUUUAAAAGAUCGUUAUAUUUAGUUAAAACAUCCUUUUGCUUCAUUAUCUUUUACUUUGAAAUCAAUUUUAA